AUGCUAAAGGCUACGACCGCCAUAGCAACACUACUAGCCUCGUGGGCUCUCCGAGUAGCUCCAGUAAACCUCUCCACCCUCGGCAAAGUCUUCAUUAUUGUCAUCGGCGUCGUCAUCGCAUCCUUCGGUGAGAUCAAACUUGACAUGCUUGGAGUCUUCAUCCAGAUGUCCGGCAUCGUUUUCGAAGCCAUUCGGCUGGUGAUGGUGCAGAAACUGCUUAGCUCAUCCGAUUUCAACAUGGACCCGCUGGUUUCUCUCUACUACUUCGCUCCCGCUUGCGCUCUCAUGAACGGCGUUGCGACCCUUAUUUGGGAGCUGCCUACGUUGGCGAUGGCAGACAUCUACAGAGUCGGACCCUUGAUCCUACUUGCCAACGCCUGCGUCGCUUUCCUUCUUAACGUUUCUGUUGUCUUUUUGAUAGGCAAGACUUCUGCGGUCGUCCUGACUCUAUGCGGUGUCCUCAAGGACAUUCUACUCGUCUUUGCUUCUAUUAUCAUCUUUGAGGAUCCAGUGACGCUGACACAAGCGUUCGGAUAUUCGAUUGCUCUCUGUGGCCUGGUCUGUCACAAGCUCGGGGAGACGAUGAGGGGCAGCAUCGUAUCAGCCAAGACUACGCACGUGUGGACUCUCCUAAAGAUUCUCUUGAAGUAG